AUGAUGACAAUGGAACAAAAUGAAAAGCUGAAUUUGAAAACUUGUAUUAGGGGAGAUAUAGAGCUGGGCAGGUUUUAUUGGGAUUUAAUAAUGCUUAUAAUGAUGGUUGGAAAUCUAGUCAUCAUACCAGUUGGAAUCACAUUCUUUACAGAGCAAACAACAACACCAUGGAUUAUUUUCAAUGUGGCAUCAGAUACAGUUUUCCUGCUGGACCUGAUCAUGAAUUUUAGGACUGGAACUGUCAACGAAGACAGUUCUGAAAUCAUCCUGGACCCCAAAGUGAUCAAGAUGAAUUAUUUAAAAAGCUGGUUUGUGGUUGACUUCAUCUCAUCCAUCCCAGUGGAUUAUAUCUUUCUUAUUGUAGAAAAAGGAAUGGAUUCAGAAGUUUACAAGACAGCCAGGGCACUUCGCAUUGUGAGGUUUACAAAAAUUCUCAGUCUCUUGCGUUUAUUACGACUUUCAAGGUUAAUUAGAUACAUACAUCAAUGGGAAGAGAUAUUCCACAUGACGUAUGAUCUUGCCAGUGCAGUGGUGAGAAUUUUUAAUCUCAUCGGCAUGAUGCUGCUCCUGUGUCACUGGGAUGGUUGUCUUCAGUUCUUAGUACCACUACUGCAGGACUUCCCACCAGAUUGCUGGGUGUCUUUAAAUGAAAUGGUUAAUGAUUCUUGGGGAAAGCAGUAUUCAUACGCACUCUUCAAAGCUAUGAGUCACAUGCUGUGCAUUGGGUAUGGAGCCCAAGCCCCAGUCAGCAUGUCUGACCUCUGGAUUACCAUGCUGAGCAUGAUCGUCGGGGCCACCUGCUAUGCCAUGUUUGUCGGCCAUGCCACUGCUUUAAUCCAGUCUCUGGAUUCUUCGAGGCGGCAGUAUCAAGAGAAGUAUAAGCAAGUGGAACAAUACAUGUCAUUCCAUAAGUUACCAGCUGAUAUGCGUCAGAAGAUACAUGAUUACUAUGAACAUAGAUACCAAGGCAAAAUCUUUGAUGAGGAAAAUAUUCUCAAUGAACUCAAUGAUCCUCUGAGAGAGGAGAUAGUCAACUUCAACUGUCGGAAACUGGUGGCUACAAUGCCUUUAUUUGCUAAUGCGGAUCCUAAUUUUGUGACUGCCAUGCUGAGCAAGUUGAGAUUUGAGGUGUUUCAACCUGGAGAUUAUAUCAUACGAGAAGGAGCCGUGGGUAAAAAAAUGUAUUUCAUUCAACAUGGUGUUGCUGGUGUCAUUACAAAAUCCAGUAAAGAAAUGAAGCUGACAGAUGGCUCUUACUUUGGAGAGAUUUGCCUGCUGACCAAAGGACGUCGUACUGCCAGUGUUCGAGCUGAUACAUAUUGUCGUCUUUACUCACUUUCUGUGGACAAUUUCAACGAGGUCCUGGAGGAAUAUCCAAUGAUGAGGAGAGCCUUUGAGACAGUUGCCAUUGACCGACUAGAUCGAAUAGGAAAGAAAAAUUCAAUUCUUCUGCAAAAGUUCCAGAAGGAUCUGAACACUGGUGUUUUCAACAAUCAGGAGAAUGAAAUCCUCAAGCAGAUUGUGAAACAUGACAGGGAGAUGGUGCAGGCAAUCGCUCCCAUCAAUUAUCCUCAAAUGACAACCCUGAAUUCCACAUCGUCAACUACGACCCCGACCUCCCGCAUGAGGACACAAUCUCCACCAGUGUACACAGCGACCAGCCUGUCUCACAGCAACCUGCAUUCCCCCAGUCCCAGCACACAGACCCCCCAGCCAUCAGCCAUCCUUUCACCCUGCUCCUACACCACCGCGGUCUGCAGCCCUCCUGUACAGAGCCCUCUGGCCGCUCGAACUUUCCACUAUGCCUCCCCCACCGCCUCCCAGCUGUCACUCAUGCAACAGCAGCCUCAGCAGCAGGUACAGCAGUCCCAGCCGCCGCAGACUCAGCCACAGCAGCCGUCCCCGCAGCCACAGACACCUGGCAGCUCCACGCCGAAAAACGAAGUGCACAAGAGCACGCAGGCGCUUCACAACACCAACCUGACCCGGGAAGUCAGGCCCCUCUCCGCCUCACAGCCCUCGCUGCCCCAUGAGGUGUCCACUCUGAUUUCCAGACCUCAUCCCACUGUGGGCGAGUCCCUGGCCUCCAUCCCUCAACCCGUGACGGCGGUCCCCGGAACGGGCCUUCAGGCAGGGGGCAGGAGCACUGUCCCGCAGCGCGUCACCCUCUUCCGACAGAUGUCGUCGGGAGCCAUCCCCCCCAACCGAGGAGUCCCUCCAGCACCCCCUCCACCAGCAGCUGCUCUUCCGAGAGAGUCUUCCUCAGUCUUAAACACAGACCCAGACGCAGAAAAGCCACGAUUUGCUUCAAAUUUAUGAUCCCUGCUGAUUGUCAAAGCAGAAAGAAAUACUCUCAUAAACUGAGACUAUACUCAGAUCUUAUUUUAUUCUAUCUCCUGAUAGAUCCCUCUAGCCUACUAUGAAGAGAUAUUUUAGACAGCUCUGGCCUACACGUGAAGUGUAAAAUAUAUAUACAUAUACUAUAAAAUAUAUAUCUAAAUUCUCAAGAGAGGGUCAAAAGACCUGUUUAGCAUUCAGUGUUAUAUGUCUUCCUUUCUUUAAAUCAUUAGAGGAUUUAAAAUGU